AUGUCUCUUUUCUAUCUGAGUUGGCCAUUGAAGCAGCUAUGGAAAGCAGCUUUGAGUGUAAAGAUCUUUCACUACUUGGUUAGCCUUUUCAAGGACGGUAUGAUCGCAGUGAUGAGGACGGGCCCAGUUCCCAAACACAUUGCGCUUAUUAUGGAUGGCAAUAGAAGGUAUGCCAAAACAAAGCAAUUACCGUUGGAGGAAGGACACUCGGCUGGGGCAGAGUCCUUGGUAGAUGUCUUGAACGUAUGCUACAAAGUAGGUAUCGAGCAAGUGACUGUCUAUGCCUUUUCCAUCGAGAACUUCAAUCGGCCAAAGCAGGAAGUCGAUACCUUGUUCGGAUUGCUUCGUGAUAAACUCAGGUUUCUUUCACAAAAUGAAGAAUCUUUUGCAAGCCAAAAUAAGAUCAUUAUUAGAAUUCUCGGGAAUAGAUCAAUGAUUCCUGCUGAUAUUCUACAUGAUUUAGAGUUUGUAGAAGCUAAAACGAAGGAUUUUGACACCAAGAAAGUUUUCAACGUAUGUUUUCCCUAUACAUCUCGAGAUGAAAUCGCUGCAGCAAUCAGGUCUGUAGUGGAGGCACGCAAGUCUGAAGAAAUAACCAUUGACAGCUUGAACGCAUCAAUGUAUUUUGGUCCCAAUUCUCCGCCUUUGGAUAUUUUGAUUAGAACUAGUGGCCAUCAAAGACUAAGCGAUUUCAUGCUAUGGCAAUGCAACUACAACUGUACCAUUGAGUUUGUACAAACUCUCUGGCCAGAUUUCGGUUUUUAUUCGAUCACCAAGAUUCUCCUAAAGUGGAGCUAUUAUAAGGCACUUCAACUAGAGGAAGAGUCCUUUACCGGUAUGAAAAAAAAUCCAACCAAGCAUGUAAGUGAUAUUCUUAAGCUGCUUCCACCCCCACCUCCAUUUGCUUCUGUCAAUCAACGUUGA